AUGUGCGAAAAAUCAGCAAAUAACACCGAAAACCUGGAUGGUAUGACCGACCCCCAUCCACCUCGGAAGAAAAGCACGGUGAAGAGAUUCAUCUCGGGGAUCCUCAUGGGAUCCUUCUUCUUCGCCAUCGUGUACUUCGGAGUUCCGACGAUGUACAUGACGUGCUUCGGGCUGCAGAUAAAAUGCGUCGACGAAGUGCUGAAGAUCGGCUACAAUUUGAAGAAAAUCCAGGAGAUCCCGUUCUUCCACGCGCUGAAUUGGUAUUUGCUAAUGGUGGCCAAUUACUUUCUCUUCGGCGAAACGUUCAUACAGCACGGUAGAGUGUACCUGAGAAAAUAUUACCUACUCGACAUGCUGUCGUCGUACCAUAGGUUCAUAUCCUUUUGUUUCUACUUCAUCGGAUUGGUGUGGUUCGUGGUUAUUUUGAGGAAGAAGAUUUUAAGACAGCAGUUCAGUCUACUCUUCUGGACGCACUUUCUGCUAAUCGUAAUCACCGCGCAAGCUUGCAUGAUCAUGCAAGCCAUGUACGAGGGUAUAAUAUGGCUCAUAAUGUCGAUAUGGUUGGUGAGCAUAAACGAUUCCUGCGCGUUCAUAUUCGGAAAGCACUUCGGAAAAACACCCCUCAUACGAGUAUCCCCCAAGAAGACCCUGGAAGGUUUCAUACUAGGCGGAAUCUGCACCAUCAUCCUGGGCGCUUUCCUAUCGCAUUUCCUCUGCCACUUCAAGUACCUGGUGUGCCCGAUCAAAUUCGCGAGCGUCGAUAACGAAAUCACCUAUCGCUCGAAUUGCACUCCCAGCUACAAUUUCCAGCCGAUCGCGUACGCCAUCGGCGACUUCUCGGUGAAUUAUUACCCGUUCAUGAAGCACUCGUUCUAUCUGUCGAUAUUCGCCAGCGUGAUCGCCCCUUUCGGGGGUUUCUGCGCCUCGGGGUUCAAGCGCGCCGUCGGCGUUAAGGACUUCGCCGACACGGUGCCGGGCCACGGGGGGAUACUGGAUAGGGGCGAUUGCCAAUACCUGAUGAUGACGUUCGUGAACGUCUACAUCAUGACCUUCGUGAAAGACCCGAACGUGGAGGAGAUCUUCCGGAAGAUCGCCAAGCUCAGCGACGAGCAACAGCUGGAGUUUUAUUCGUUGUUGAGGAGCUCUUUGAGCGAUUUAUUGGCCGGCGACGUCGGGAAUACCUCCAAGUUAACGCUGUACGGGAGUUAUUUUUAA